CUAUCGAUAAGUUGCCGUCAACAGGUUUCGCAUGUCAAAACAAAGUGCUUGUAUGCUAGGAAAAUUUGUGCUUUCUCGGGGUAAGAAAACGGAAAAUCCACGAAAACUCCAUGUCUGAUGAAUAUUCGAUUGUGAUGUAUCAUGGUGAAUUCAACAAGAGUCGCUGUGGAUACUGCAAAAAGGAGAACACGUGCAAUUCUCACGGGAUGACGGCACACGUAAUGGCCGUAAAUGACUAUCAGGAUCUCAUUGAUCGAGGCUGGAGGCGUUCUGGUACAUUCUGCUAUAAACCCACAAAUGCCACAACUUGCUGUCCCUCCUACACAAUAAGAUGUGACGCGUUGAACUUCAAAUUGUCCAAAUCACACAAGAAAAUCCUCAAGCGAAUGAACAAGUUCCUGCGAGAUGGGAUAAAGGAGUGUGGAGAGAAGGAAUCUGCCCAUGAUGGGGAAUCUGACGUGGCCAGUGAGCCUCAGAUGAUUCCACCGGCUUCCGCCACUAAGAUAGAUAUCAGUAAAAUAGUGAAUAAGUUGCCCAAAGGCAGCGACAGGCCGCCUAGUGAAUCAGCACACAAGGUUGAGCCUUCGCAGGCGAUGGAGAGUGGCGAUAGUCUGCCGAGGAGUGCUGGUCAGAACAUGUCAAAGCCGCCGUGCAAGAAGGCGAAGGUUCUGCGUCUGGAGCGGAAGCAGGCGAAGAUGGCACAGCGAGAGGCGGAGGGAAUCUCUGUGCAGCCUCUUGCCAAGGCGCCGAAGAAUGUGGAGAAGAGCCUGGAGGACUUCCUGGGCGAGCAGCCAGUCGAUGGGAAGCACAAGCUGAAGAUUAAACUGGUGUGCGCCACUUCGCGUGAAUUUCUGUCCAGUGUGGAAAGGGAGUAUGAAUUGUAUCAGAAAUACCAGACAGUGAUUCACAGGGAGCCACCGGAAGAUGUGGAUGAAUUUCAGAGUUUCUUGCAACACUCCCCAUUGCAGCUCAAGCUGAACAGCACAUCGCCGCCGAAGGGCUACGGAUCCUUCCAUCAGCAGUACUGGCUGGACGAUCGUCUCAUUGCCGUGGGUGUGAUUGAUGUGCUGCGCAAUUGCGUCAGUUCUGUCUAUCUCUUCUACGAUCCGGAGUUCAGCUUCCUCUCUCUCGGCACGUACAGCUCGCUGCGUGAGAUCGCCUUCAUGCGCGAGCUGCAGAAGUCCUGUCCGGAGCUCAAGUACUACUACAUGGGCUUCUACAUCCACUCAUGCCCGAAGAUGCGCUACAAAGGGAAGCUUCAGCCGUCCUAUCUCCUCUGCCCAGAGGUCUACACGUGGCAUUUAAUAACGGAAGAUCUUCUGAAGAAGCUCGAUCGAUCAAAGUAUUCAAGAUUCAAUGAAGAUGAGCAGGCGAGAGAUAAGGAUGAAUUCCAGCUGAGGCAUCUCGAGAGUGUUGUUUGCUUGUACGACAACACUAUUAUGUACUUUGAGGAUUACAUACAUCUGCACGCCGGCGACGAGGAGCGGCGAUUGACCCUCGAGUAUGGUCGUUUGGUGGGAAGUCCUUGUUCACGAAGGAUUCUGCUCUAUAAAAAUUGAUGCAAGAGGCAAAGAAAAGAGUUGGAGUUUAGUUAAAAUAAAUUAAAGUUUAUUCGUUAAAUUAACAUCUCAUUUAGAGUUUAAAUGCUGUUUAUGCGCGACAAUUGCUUUAAAAAUCUGUUGUUUUUUUCAUCUUUCGUCUAAUUUACACACACAAAAAUUGUCUCUAAAAACUCUUUUGAUGAACUCUUUUGUAGCUCUGAUUUUUGUGUGUUUUCUGCAGAAAUACAGUGAAUUCUUGUUCCGCCUGUAAAGUUGUGUAUAAAAUAUAUUUAUAAUUUACAUCCAAUCUCUCUAAUAUGAAAAUCUACAGUAGA